AGCCACAGCCCAGUGCUGGAUCCCAGAGGGCCAUUCAGUGUGGUAAGGACCCCCAGGACCCCCGAGGGUGGAUGGAUCGCUUCAGGCCGAGGCUGACGAGGCCGGGGCCGGAGAUCAGGACGGGGUCGUCCUCCUCCUCCUACCAAGCCUGCCUCUGGUUGGGCCUGCUCUCUGUGGCCGCAGCCUUCAAGUGCGCAGAGGGCACCCGCACCACCCCCAGCCCCGCCACCACAGACUCCCACAAUGCCACCUGCUCCGAGGGCACGUCCAGGUGCAAGCCAGGAAUCGUCCUGCCCAUCUGGUACCCUGAGGACCCCUCCAUGGGGGAUAAGAUGGCCCGAGUCAUCGUCUACUUCGUAGCUAUGAUCUACAUGUUCCUGGGAGUGUCCAUCAUAGCAGAUCGCUUCAUGGCGGCCAUCGAGGUCAUCACCUCCCAGGAGAAGGAGAUUAUUAUUAAGAGAGCCAACGGAGAGACCACCACCGCUACCAUCAGAAUCUGGAACGAGACGGUCUCCAACCUGACCCUCAUGGCCCUGGGUUCUAGUACCCCUGAGAUCCUGCUGUCUGUCAUCGAAGUCUGUGGACACGACUUCGUAGCUGGCGAGCUGGGGCCGUCUACGAUCGUCGGCAGCGCUGCCUUCAACAUGUUCGUGAUCAUCGGCCUGUGCGUGUCUGUGAUCCCCGAGGGAGAGACGAGGAAGGUGAAACAUCUCAGAGUGUUCUUUGUGACGGCGGCGUGGAGUAUCUUCGCCUACAUCUGGCUCUACAUGAUCCUGGCGGUGUUCAGUCCCAACGUGGUCCAGAUUUGGGAGGGGCUGCUAACCCUGGCCUUCUUCCCCAUCUGUGUCAUCCUGGCCUGGGUAGCCGACCGACGACUCCUCUUCUACAAGUUCAUGCACAAGAAGUACCGCGCUGACAACCACCGUGGCGUCAUCAUCGAGACCGAGCACGAGCGUUCCAAGAGCAUCGAGAUGAUGGACGGCGGCGGCAAGAUGGUCAACUCACACUUCGCCCACGACGGAGGCGCCGCCAAUAACCUCAUCAGCCUGAUCGAGGGGAAAGAAGUGGACGAGUCUCGGCGGGAUAUGAUCCGGAUCCUGAAGGACCUGAAGCAGAAACACCCAGAGAAGGAGAUGGACCAGCUGGUAGAGAUGGCUAACUACUACGCCUUGUCCCACCAGCAGAAGAGCCGAGCCUUCUACCGCAUCCAGGCCACGCGCAUGAUGACAGGGGCCGGGAACAUCCUGAAGAAGCACGUGGCGGAGCAGACCAAGAGGAGCGCCAGCGUACAGGAAGUGUGUGUGGUGGGGGAGGACGUCGAGGAAUACGUGUCACGGAUCGCCUUCGAACCCGCCGUGUACCAGUGCCUGGAGAACUGCGGCGCCGCCCUGCUGGCCAUCUUCAGGAAGGGCGGCGACAUGGCCAAUACCGUUUACGUGGAUUACAAGACGGAGGACGGCUCAGCCAACGCCGGCGCAGACUACGAGUUCACCGAGGGAACCGUGGUGUUCAAACCCGGCGAGAUUGUCAAGGAGAUCAGCAUCGGAAUCAUCGACGACGACAUCUUUGAGGAGGACGAGCACUUCUUUGUGCGUCUCAGCAACGUGCGUGUCCUGGAGUCAGACGAGGAUGAGACACUACUGUCCCCCAACUCUCUCCCGUACCCUAAGGCCCUGCUGGGGUUCCCGUCCGUCGCCACAGUUACCAUCCUGGACGACGACCACGCCGGGAUAUUCACCUUCGAGAGCGACACGUGUCAGGUGAGCGAGAGCGUGGGCGUGAUGGAGGUGAAGGUGCUGAGGACUUCGGGGGCGAGGGGGACAGUCAUCGUUCCCUAUCGUACCAUGGAGGGAAUCGCCAAGGGAGGAGGGGAGGACUUUGAGGACACCUACGGAGAACUGGAGUUCAGGAACGACGAGACCUGCAAAACAUUUCAUGUGAAAGUGAUAGACGAUGAGGAGUAUGAGAAAAACAAGAACUUCUUCCUGGAGCUGGCCGAGCCUCGCAUGGUAGACAUGAGCCUGCAGAAAGCACUGUUACUGGCUGAAGAUGUCCCUAAGUUCUCGUCAGAGGAAGAGGAAGCUAAGCGGAUCGCAGAGAUGGGGAAGCCAGUGCUGGGGGAACACUCCAAACUGGAGGUCAUCAUCGAGGAGUCCUACGAGUUCAAGAACACAGUGGACAAGCUGAUCAAGAAGACGAACCUCGCUCUGGUGGUGGGCACCAACUCCUGGAGACAACAGUUCAUGGAGGCUAUCACAGUCAGUGCAGGAGACGAGGAUGAGGAAGACUCUGGGGAAGAGCGUCUCCCGUCAUGUUUCGACUACGUCAUGCACUUCCUCACCGUCUUCUGGAAGGUGCUGUUCGCCUGUGUUCCUCCCACGGACUACCUGAACGGCUGGGCCUGCUUCUUCAUCUCCAUCGUCAUCAUCGGCAUGCUGACCGCAGUGAUCGGCGAUCUGGCCUCUCACUUUGGCUGCACCAUCGGGCUGAAGGACUCUGUUACUGCCGUGGUGUUCGUGGCGCUGGGUACAUCUGUUCCUGACACAUUUGCCAGUAAGGUAGCGGCGGUGCAGGACACAUAUGCAGACGCCUCCAUCGGUAAUGUGACGGGCAGCAACGCGGUCAACGUGUUCCUGGGCAUCGGGGUGGCGUGGUCGAUAGCCGCCAUCUACUGGCACAUGCAAGGAAAGCAGUUUGUGGUGGAGGCCGGCUCGCUGGCCUUCUCCGUCACCCUCUACACCAUCUUCGCCUUCCUGGGAGUCUCCGUGCUGCUGUACCGCCGCCGGGCCCACAUCGGGGGGGAGCUGGGCGGGCCGCGCGGCCACAGACUGGCCACCUCAGCCUUCUUCUUCAGUCUCUGGUUCCUCUACAUCCUCUUCUCCAGCAUGGAGGCCUACUGUCAUAUAGAGGGCUUCUAGAACACUUCUGAAACACU